AUAAGGUUUAUAAGUCGAAAAUGAGCUUAUUAUUUACGAUGUUUGUACUUGGUUUGGUUUCAAUCCUACACCACCACAUUACAACAGAUCAAACAAACUUAAAAUGACCAAAUCAGACUUUAACAGUUCUAAAAUGCAUAUAGACUAAACAUUUAUCAGACUAAAUCAAACCACAAAACUCUACUUCUUAACCCUAGAGCUUUUCUCCCUGAGUAUUCUAGGGUUCUUUGGCUACUAGUUUUUUAUCCCUUUUGUUCUACAGCAAUCCUUUAGGUACAUCCCUACCUGGGUUAACCACGCUAAUGGAGACAGAGGAAUUAGAGAAUCAAUAUGCUGGCCUGAAGAUUGUGGAUGACGACAUCGCGAUUGAUUUUUUGGAGCAAUCUCAGACUGACGUUGUUGAUGACUCUGAUCGCACGUCAUGGUCAAUGGUUGGACGAUUCCUUACUGAUAAACCAAUAAGGUUUGACAAAAUGCUGCAAGUUAUGGCUUCGAUUUGGAGGCCCUCACGAGGAGUGGAUGCUACGGAAUUACAAGACAACCUCUUCCAGUUCGAUUUUUACCAUGAAAAAGAACUUCUCCGUGUUUUGGAAGAUGGUCCUUGGGCGUUUGAGAAUAGUACACUUGUGUGCAAACAGUUGGAACCACCAGACGCCAAUCCCCUUGAUGUGAAACUUGAUUCCUUCGCCAUCUGGAUGCAGAUACAUAACCUACCGGCAACUUAUGCUAGUGAGCAUAUACUAGAACAAAUUGGAAAUUUUGCUGGAUCGUUUAUGUACCAGGAUCCACUGAAUUUCGGUCGUUCGAAGAAAAGCUACUAUCGGGUACGAAUUUUGCUUGAUGUCUCUAAGCCACUGCAACAAAAGAUGAAGAUUCGAAAGCGUGAUGGUUCUCUUGCAUGGAUCACUCUCAUGUAUGAGCGUUUAAAUACGUUCUGUUUUUUCUGCGGGAUUAUGGGGCACCAAGUACGAUAUUGUUCCAAAAUACUGAAUGUCAAUAUUACUCCAGAUGAAUAUUCUUAUGGUCCAUGGCUAAGGGCCAAUUUACGACGGAACGCUCCUACAAUUGGAAAUAGAUGGAUAGGCAGACAACCACCUCCAGUGAAAGAUGAAGCUACAGAAGAUACUUCUGGAGAGGGGAUGAACAAUGAUUCAAUUUUAGCCAUAUAUCACAAACGCGGGGGGCAACAUGAAAGAGAAUCUCUGGCUUCUCUCUACUUUUCCGGCAACAGCCUUGUGAAUUCAGCCAUGAGCGUGGAAUUCCAGCCACGCCCACGUCACAGGCUUCCCAACCACUUUUACAAUUCCUCAGCUCUCCCCCACUGGGAAUGGGAAUUCCCAUCUAAUAGACUUCCCCACUCCAGGUAUCAAGCAUGUAAAUACUUGAGACCAAGAACCUUUGUAACUGGGAAUGAUCCCAGACUACGCUGCGCACGCAAACCAAAACCUUCAAGACCUAACUACUACCAAGGUUUUAAGCCACAAGGACGACCGGAACGAUACACGAUUUCUGCCAAGAAUCAAAACAGAAAUUCAAGCAGAGAAAAUUUCAAGCCGGCGCAAAAGGUACUGGUACAACGGCCAGGGAAAUCGGCAUGUUCUGUGCGACCCGUACUUUGUGAAUCGGAACAGCCUGGGGACCUUGACGAAGCUUGGCAUAUGGUCAAACACAGAAAUCGGCGGUAUUACUCCCACCAGCGUAAUCCCUUAGACUUUGAAUACGGUAACGCUAAUCGAUUCUGCUGUUUAGAUCUAGAUGAUGAAUACCCUAAGUAUCUCUCCCUCCUAUACGCUUUUGACCGAGAAAAGGAGAACGGUUUUCACCCCUACAGCCAUCCCAAUACUUUUCAUAGGCAUGGAGGUCAUACCAAAAGUAAUUGGUACGCCUCACGGAGCGACCGGCGGUCUCCGGCGAGGCACGGCCGUAAUCAACCGCACGGCUUUCAAAAUAGAAUGCCAGUCGGGAAUCAAAAUUCCACACACGAGGGUGGAAAGCUCAGUCGUAAACUGACCCAGCGACCGGCGGUCUCUUCACCGAUACCCUCCCCUACCGUUGAACCGGUAACCAUGGAGGAAAUCACCUCUCACGACACACUUGCUGAAGGCAUGGGACAGGGACAUGAAGGUGAUGGUGGACACCACUCUGGUAACCUGCAACAAAAAUCCAAAAACCUCACAUGGGCUGACCUUCUCAAAAAUGACAGGGGUACACAUGGGCUGACAAUUGGCAAUAAAGAGUCGGCAGCCCCAUCUCUACCCGUCACACCCCCCCAAAAAAAACCCCUAGCAGAUAGCAUCUUAUUAAUCAAAGACAACUACCCUCCUUCACCUUCUAGUAAUACACAGCUUGUGACUACAACUCCUUCCAACCAGGAUUCAGAAAAAUUCUCUUUUUUUGGAGAAAUUGGAUUUGACUCUAUCCAAAUUGAUUCGAGAAUUUUCAAAUUCGCAGUAAAAGAAAAUGAAAUUUUCAUUCUCCAAUUUCAAAAAUCUAGAUUGCACAAAAUAUCUUUUAAUUCCCAAUUUGCUCCCCAAAUUGUUCGUUUUAUCUCACAACUCACAGGGGCCGAUCAUUGUAAUGAUAGACAGAGGCGUAGAUUUGGAAUUAUCACAAUUGCAACUGAACUCAACAAAUCUGGCAGAUUCUUGAAAAUUGCCAAGAAAAGUGGAGGCUUCAUCCUAAUUCCCAUGGGCCCACAUAACAAAGAGUUACAUGACUUUCUGGCCAUUUUUUCAAAUUUUGUGGGACUAACUAGUUUAGUGCAGGAGGAACCAACUCAAUUGGAGCACGAGACAAUAGCAGACACAGAGGAAAGCACAUCCAUUUCUAAACUCAUAUUUAAUUUUGAAGUUCAGAGAGCAUAUGCCGAGAAACAUCAGCCUCCUACAGAGAAACAGUCGAAGUUAGCUCUUGUACAGGCGUACUCAGAUGCUUCCGAUAGUUUUGACCCAUCAGAUGAUUCACACUUCUCAGACGAUUUCCUGGGACACGCAACGGAAUGCGACCGUCGACCACCCAUUUCGGGACGGGAAGAUAUUAGGGAUUCUGAAUUCAACAGUGCGAUUUGCUAUAAAUCCCAGUUCAUUACUUUGGAUAACUGCAUCCUAACUGACAACUUGAACACUCAACUCAAGCUAUACAAGAAAUCCCAAAAGAACAAAAGGCGCCAUAGUAUGAGAACUAGGUCUCAAUCCAAACAAUUUCCGUGGGCCUAAAAUUAUUAUUAUUAUUAUUAUUAUUAUUAUUAUUAUUUUUUCCCGUUUUUUGUAAUUCCGUGUAUUUCCUUCCGUUUGUACUUUUUCUUUCUAUGAAUAAAAUCUUCUCUUCAAAAAA